UUAUAAGUACAUAUUAAUAAGAAUAAUUUGAAAAUAAGUAUUUAAUAUAAUAAUUAUUUACGAUGCGUUGCAGAUAAUUAGUUCUUAUUUCAGAAUUAUUUAGAUUUGAUUUGUAAAUUGGGAAAAAGUUAAUAGUACCUAGCUCUUGUGAAGUAAAUUAUUAAACAUCAAGAAAUGUGAAAAUAGUUACUAUUAUUGUAUAUGAUUACUAAUUCGCAAUUAAUUGCGCGAAUUUAAGUUAUUGAACAUACUGCCAUGUAAUGUUUUUAAAGAAUAAUAUUUAUAUAUUGGUCUAUAAUAAUGCCCAGACGAAAGGGUCAAAACAAAGUAAACCAUAAUUUUGAUUUUACACUUAAUGACUGUGCAAAUGCUUGCAGUCCUGUAACAAGAAAGAACUCAAAGAAGCCUACAUUAAAUCCAGUCACUUAUCUUGCAUGGGAUGCACUAGAUGAUGAUGGUGAUAUAAUUGAAGAAAUUGAUUCUGAUGGUACUAAAGUUUUAGCUUACCGAAAAAAAAGAAUUGAUUCUGAUUUAGGUGUGAAUCAAAAUUCAGUUGGCAAUAUAUAUCCAGAAAUAGUAUGGUAUCUUAUUUCUCGAUACAUUAAGCCAGAGUGUAUUGGGUGUUUUGCAAGAAUAAACAAGGCUACAUAUGCAAUAACUAAACAGGAGUCAUUUUGGCGUUUAAUAUACAAGCGCUACUGUAAAGAUAACUAUACAGUUAUUCAAUUAUCGCAGAUAGAAGAUAACUACAGAUCAUAUGGUCUUCGUCAACAGAUAAUUUGUGAGCUGUAUCGGAAAUAUGAUGUAUUUUCCAAAAGAUUAAUUAAGGCUGGUGAUGAAAGUAAUCCAGUUAAACUUAUAAAAAGAAGGUGUGUCAGUGCAUGGUACAAAAAGAUUCCUAUGUCAUGGUCAGCCUUUUUUAAGAUGAAAAAGAUAUUGCCAUACCAAAGUAGGGCAAAAUUGAGUAUUAUUGAGGAAAUGGGAAGAAUUGAUGCCAAUCCUGAAGAAGAUACAAAAGUGUUAUGGAUAGUUUGUAAGUCCUGCCACAACAUUCCACCACUGAUGGGCAUGAUAUUGUCAUCAGUUAAUGUGUUUUUAUCCCAAGGCUAUGCCCAGCACAAAGUGAGAUUAGGAUUUAACAGUGGUCAAUAUGUGUCGGGGAAUAUUCAGCCAGAAUGUGUGAUUGAGUUUGACACUGUUGUCAGCAUAAAUGUUCUUGAUUGGUGGCACCCAAAGUAUCCUCAUUGUAAAGUCAGAGUACCGGCAUUGAUGGGUGAUGAAAAUGACAAACCCUUGCUUAGCAAAGAUUUCUUUGAUACAGAUUUGACUUAUGAAUAAAUGUUUCUAAAAAGUGUUGUUA